CACCUCUGUACGAGUGCCAUGAGCUUGCCACUGCACAAGUCCGAAAAUAGUACCAACCUCUUCCUGGGAAAGAGCGAGGGCUUAAUGGGAGGGGACGCCGUGUAUUUUAUUGGUUUUUUUAUGGACGCAACGGAAUUAUGGAGGCUUCCUUGCAGGUUUCGGUCCAAACAAAGAAAGGAAGAAUACAGAAAGAUGAGCCCACCGUCUACAUGGAUUUUAUGAAGAGUCACUGUUGCUACGAUGCCAUUCCAACAAGUUGUAAAUUAGUCAUAUUUGAUACCAAGCUUAAAGUGCAAAAGGCCUUUUUUGCACUGGUGGCAAACAGCUUGAGGGCUGCACCUUUAUGGGACAGCGAGCUCAAGAGAUUUGUGGGUAUGCUGACUAUUACAGAUUUCAUCAACAUCAUUCAUUGUUACUACAAAUCCCCUUUGGUGCAGAUGUAUGAGCUGGAGAACCACAAGAUUGAGACAUGGAGAGAUGUCUAUUUAAAGUGUUCCUGUCCAUUUCUGAUUAGUAUUUCACCAGAUGCCAGUCUCUUUGAUGCCAUCUAUUCCUUACUCAAACACAAGAUCCACAGACUGCCCAUCAUUGAGCCAACAUCUGGGAAUGUCCUGCACAUUCUUACACACAAGAGAAUUCUUAAAUUCCUCCAUAUAUUUGGAGAAAAGGUUCCAAAGCCUGCUUUCAUUCGGAGGCAGAUCCAAGAGAUGGCAAUCGGAACUUUCAGGAACAUUGCCACAGUUCGGCAAACAGCAACUCUUUUCGAUGCUCUUGACAUAUUUGUGGACAGGAGGGUGUCAGCGCUUCCGGUGGUUGAUGAAAAGGGCAAAGUUGUGGCACUCUACUCACGAUUUGAUGUCAUUAAUCUUGCAGCCCAGAAGACAUACAACAACCUGGAUGUGACAAUGCUCGAGGCUCUCGAUAGGCGCACAUGUUUCAUGGAGGGUGUGAUCAAGUGCUAUCCAGAUGAAACUUUGGAGACCAUUAUCGACCGCAUUGUCGCAGCUGAGGUCCACCGGUUGGUGCUCGUGGACAGAGCUGACGUGCUGAAGGGCAUCAUCUCACUCUCAGACCUGCUUCAGGCUAUGGUCUUAACACCAGCUGGUAUUGAGGCCCUUUUGUCCUAGCAGCAAGUGGCAUAUGGCCCUCAUUAUUGUUUGCGUAUGCUUCAUCUGCUGCUGGCUUCCCAGUCAGAAAUCACUGUGUGGGUGAGGUGACAAACUGCUGCACUGCUGUUUCUAUACAGACAUUCAUGCUGUGUUAAGGCAACUGGAGCAGAUGAGUGCGCUGACCUCACAGACUCGACUACAUUCUUCUGUUUUCCAAAGCCUCUACUGCAGUCUUCUUUUGUCUACAUGUGAUCCAUUUGAUCAAUAUUUUUACAAUGCGUUGCUCAUUUUCUGUAUUAAAUCCAUUGUUGUGAUGCUUGAGGAUUACUGUACAGUUUUUAAUAAAAUAUUUUCUUUGACCA